AUGGUGAAAUUCAAAGGCCGAAUUGGGUUCCGGCAAUAUAUGCCUAUGAAACCGGUCAAAAGAGGAUAUAAAAUCUGGAUACGGGCAGAUCAGUCGGGAUUCGUAUCGCAAUUUCAAGUCUAUACAGGAACAUCUGAUGGAGUUCAAGAGAGCUUAGGCUCAAGAGUGGUGAAAGAUUUGACCCGUCCACUUGUGGACAAGUACCAUAAGGUAUAUUUUGACAACUUCUUCACAACUAUCCCUUCGUUACGUGAUUUAUUGAACGAAAAUAUUUAUGCUUGUGGUACAAUCAGGAAAAAUCGAAAAGAAGAACCCAAAGACAUAACAAAUAAUAAAAAUAAAAUGCUUAGAGGUACUAGUCUCUGGAAGAUGAGUAAGGAAGGAAUAUUUUAUCUAAAGUGGAUGAAUAGUAAACCUGUAUUAUUUUCAAGUAAUUUUCAUGAUCCUGAUGAUGUCCAAACUGUUUCUAGAAAACAAAAAGAUGGUUCGUCUCAAAAUAUUGCAUGUCUUCAGCUCGUGCACGAUUAUAAUGUUCAUAUGGGGCACGUGGAUCAAUCUGAUAUGUUCCUGUCUUUAUACAAAGUGAAUAGGAAAUAA